AUGACAAUAAGUCAACGUCGUCCGUGUCAUCGUCGAUCUCCUUUAUGUAAUCGAUGUUUCCUCACCAUCAUUAUUUGUCUUUUGAUCAUCAUAACUAUAUCUGUACAUUUAAUGAAUAUCUGGGAAUCGACUCAUCCGUGCAUAACUCCGGAAACUCAUCGUCAGAGAUUGGCUUAUAUGGUUAAAUCCUAUUCUGAAAUCAUGUCUGAAUUGAAUAUAACUCAUUGGGUUGACUAUGGGACACUUCUCGGUGCUUUGAGAUAUGAAAAUAUCAUCAUUUGGGAUCACGAUGCUGAUGUUUCUUAUGAUCGACAAUAUGCAUAUCUACUUCAUGAUGGUGGACCAGCACACAAGAUCGCCAAACGAAGAUAUAAUAUGUAUUUAAAUGCCGCGGUUAUCAUUUAUGAAGGUCUACAAACGGAUAUAUUCAGUUGGAAGAAAAUCUCGGAUGAUAAAGGUGGUUACAAAUAUAUCAAAGGAAGUAAUCGAGAUUUCGAUCUGAUUGAAGAAGUUUUCAAUGAUUUCAAUGCAAGUUUUCUCGAGAAAACAGUGAGCAUUCCGUUUGCUGAUGGUUUUGUCCGUGCGCCUAAUCCUCCAAUGGAAUUUGUCAAACAACGAUAUCCAACAUCGUACAAACGAGUCAUUCCAUUCAAAUUUUCUUGUUUUUUUCCAUGGAAUAUCAAAUACUGGUUAAUCUAUAAUCGACCAAUUCAUAAAAUACGUUAA